CCAUGGAACAAGCCGGUGCCGAUCAAUCAGUCUUCUCUUGGCUGUCAACUAUGACACAAUACAAGCUUUGGCUAUUCCCACUCUUAUUUUUGGUCGUCCUGCUGCUGCCACGCCCCGCUGAGCCAAUUGUGGGCGGCCAGAAUGCUGCUGCCGGCGAUGCGCCCUAUCAGAUCUCGCUGCAGACGCUGGCAGGCGGCCAUCUCUGUGGCGGGGCCAUAAUCUCAGGCAGCUGGAUACUCACGGCGGGGCACUGUGUGAGUGGCUGGCCCGCGGAUCGACUGCGUGUGGCCAUGGGCAGCACACGGUACUCCGAGCCGGGCGCCGUGCACUAUCCCGCUGCCAUUUACCUGCACUGCAACUACGACCGGCCCAAGUAUCACAGCGACAUUGCCCUGCUCCAACUGAACGAGAGCAUCGCCUUCGACGCACUCACUCAGCCCGUGCAGCUGGUGAGCGAGUCCUGGCCCGCGGGCAGCUCGGAGCUACUCUUCACGGGCUGGGGCACGCAGUCGGCGGGCGGUUCCACGCCCUCGCAGCUGCAACGCGUGCAACAGCAGCACAUACCGAGGACAGAGUGUGAGGCGCGACUCGAUGGCUAUGAGGACGUUCAGCUGGGCGCAUGCCACGUGUGCGUCUUUCGGGAACGGAAUAUUGGCGCCUGUCACGGCGACACAGGUGGUCCGCUCGUCUAUAAGGAUCAGCUCGUUGGCAUCCUCAACUUCCUGGUGCCCUGUGCACAGGGUGUGCCCGACGUGUUCAUGGACUUGCGCUACUAUAGCGAAUGGAUUAGACGCACGAUGACGGGCAAUGGCAGAUGUGCUGGGGUGCAAGUGCAGACUAUCAAUUAAGAGCUCAGCU